AAAAACAGCCGCUAAUUGCAACUAAGAGGUGCUUAGAAACCAAUACUAGCCAUUUCCCAAAGGUGCAGCGGUAAGAGGUGCGUGCAUCCAGCGGAGCCAUGAUCUCGCAGUUCUUCGUUCUGUCACAACGUGGCGAUAACAUCGUUUUCCGUGACUAUCGUGGUGAAGUCCAGAAGGGAAGUGCAGAGAUAUUUUUCCGCAAAGUAAAGUUUUGGGAAGAUGGGGACCUGCAGGAGGCACCACCUGUCUUUAAUGUUGACGGUGUAAAUUACUUUCAUGUGAAAGUUGUUGGGUUAUUGUUUGUUGCAACUACAAGGGUUAAUGUAUCACCCUCUUUAGUCUUGGAGCUUUUGCAAAGAAUUGCUCGUGUUAUUAAAGAUUAUCUUGGGAUUCUCAAUGAAGACUCGCUACGAAAAAACUUUGUGCUUGUGUACGAGUUACUCGAUGAAGUUAUUGAUUUUGGGUAUGUUCAAACAACAUCUACCGAGAUGUUGAAAGCCUAUGUUUUCAAUGAGCCACUUGUAGUUGAUGCUGCACGUCUAUCACCUCUUGGACCUGGUUCAAUUUUCACGCAAGGGACAAAAAGAAUGCCAGGCAUUGCUGUCACAAAAUCUGUUGUUUCCACAGAGCCUGGGGGUAGAAGGAGGGAAGAGAUUUUUGUAGAUAUAAUUGAGAAAAUCAGCAUCACUUUUAGCUCCAGUGGAUACAUUCUGACUUCUGAGAUUGAUGGCACCAUACAAAUGAAGAGCUAUCUUUCUGGCAAUCCUGAAAUUCGAUUAGCACUUAAUGAUGAUCUCUCCAUUGGAAGAAAUGUGGGAGCAGCUUACGGUUAUAGGAGCUCAUCUGGCUCAGGAACAGUUGUAUUAGAUGACUGUAAUUUCCAUGAAUCUGUUCGCCUAGAUAGUUUUGAUAUUGAUAGAACUCUAUCCCUGAUCCCACCAGAUGGUGAAUUUCCAGUCAUGAACUACCGUAUGACACAGGAAUUUAGGCCUCCUUUUCGUAUUAAUGCUCUGAUUGAAGAGGCAGGAUCGCUUAAGGCAGAAGUAAUUCUUAAAAUAAGUGCCGAGUUUGCUUCAAGUGUAACAGCAAAUACUAUCAAAUUGCAGAUGCCACUACCGAAAUAUACCUCCAGAGUUAGUUUUGAGCUGGAACCUGGAGCUGUUGGACAAACAACUGAUUUUAAGGAAGCAAACAAGAGGCUCGAAUGGAGUUUAAAAAAGAUUGUCGGGGGAUCUGAGCAUACUCUGCGGGCAAAGCUAACCUUUGCUCAGGAAUCUCACGUUAAUGUAACGAAAGAAUCCGGACCUGUUAGCGUGACAUUUACUAUACCAAUGUAUAACGCAUCACGGCUUCAGGUAAAGUAUUUGCAGAUAGCAAAGAAAUCUGCUACGCAUGAGCCAUACCGGUGGGUUAGGUAUGUUACACAGGCAAAUUCCUACGUUGCUCGUAUAUGAUGCCUUCAAAAACAUUGUUCCCCACCCACUUCAGUUUUUUCAUUUUCCUUCCUCUUGCUCAUCAUUAUACAUAUGCUUUGUUUUGUUUACUUUAUUCUUUAUUUGUAAAUUUCAUCUAAGUCGAAUAUAGAUGACGUUAGUUGUUUGUCUUGUCAUUCAUUGCACAAAUUCAACCUGAUCAUACAAGCUGGAUGAAUUACUUUCAAAA